CCUGAAUAUAGCCAACUAAAUUCUAGGAACUCUAAGAGGACUACGCUUGUCUCCAACAUCUUAUCGUCAACAUCUUCUGCAAGCGAUAACUAUAUUUCUGGUCCGCCAAAGUAGUAUACGCUAAGAACAAGAGGAAGAGAGUCGUAAGGUUUUUUAUUCCCAGCCGGCGAGAGCAGAAACUGUUGUUCUAGCUGCCUUUCUGGUCUUAACAGGACCAUUUUGCUGGCCAGUGAAAAACUAACUCGGGUGAAACAACAUUGGUGCUACCAGCCUCUCCUGACUGUUCCAACGGUUUUCUCCUCCAGACCCACCUCGCCAACUCCUCCCUGCUCAAGCUGGCCGCCAUGUAAAUUGUGAACGACAAGUUACGAGGGAUCCUGCUCAAUAAGAAAGAAGCUUUCUCCUACUUGACCAAGAGAGAGGCCUCAGGCUCCAUCACAUGCGAAUGUUGCUUCAACCAGUGUCGGAUAUUUGAGCUGGCUCAGUACUGCCGUCUGCCAGACCAUUUCUUCUCCAGAAUAUCCAGAACCGGAAGGAGCAACAGUGGACAUGCGCAGUUGGAGGACAACUUUAGUUAGACAUGUUGAGGGCGUAAAUGCUUUUAAAAUUUUUAAUUUGGUGAUUAUUAUUAUAUAGGAGGAGUCCACGUGGUGUCAGAUUUAGCGAGUUUUUUCCACGUGUUUGACUAAAGUUUCCAGAUUUAUUUCAUACCAGCGAUACCCGCAGGAAUAGAAGGUCCCCUAAGAAGCUGAAGGCAUUAUUGAU